UUACGAUCUUGUUGCCAAGCGCUGUCAACUAUCAUGGCCGACAGUGUGUUGUUUUUAUAAGUUUUAAAGUGUAGUUUAUUGUCGUCUCAAUUCAACCUGUGAUUUAUAAAACAUAAAGAGAAGUCAAAGGCUUCCUUGAGCCAGCAUCAUGUCCUACGGGCAGCCACUGACCCAUCAAAGCCUAAACGGCCAGAUGAAUGGUUCAAAUGGCACUCAAGCAAAUGGACGAGUGAACGGGGCCUCACUGGACAGUCAGGUGAAUGGCGCUCCAGGAGGGCCCCUGUCCGGUCUCAAGGCUGUAGACCCUGAACAGCUGAAGGCUCGAUUGUACUCAUACGCCCCUCAACAAGCCUCAGUGAACCCCAAAGUAUUGAGAUUUAACCGCGUCACACAGACACAGAUGAGGAAGUCAAACAUCCCAACAGCUCCAAAACUAGAACCAGUGCCAAGCUUGCAAAAGUACCAGGAGCGAAACCAACCUGACUUUAUCCACAGACGAAACAAGGAGAGAAUCGAGGCUGAAAAAUUGGCAAAAAUGCAAGCAGACGAGCCCCAGAAGGGUAUGAAAAGGAAAAGCUUUGUUGCACCCCCUCUCGGUGCACCUCCGUCCCCACUGCCGGACCUCCCAGAUGACCUGCAACAGAAACAGGAUGCAUUAGGUCCACGCACACCUACUCCAGCCAAACAGUCCAAGUCAAGCACACCACGGGGUCGUGUUCAUGCCUCUGGGCCAGUCAUUCCACCAUCAACAAAGCCUAAACUUUUGGAGACGUAUGAAGGCCUACAGGACACAGGGAAGAUCACUGAUCUUAUCAAGGAGAAUGAAAGGAUAGGUUUCCUGUAUCUCAGCCCUGCUGUGCCCAAAUCCUCCGUCGAUUACCACUAUUACAACCUCCGAGUGGUAAACCACGAGAAUAUCAACAAGACAGACCACUGCACGAUCAGUCAGAAAGGUGUGACCCGUAUCCGUAGUGAUGAUGAGACGGAGUUUGUUACCCUGGACCGGUGGGAGUUGGAGUACAAUUACUUCCGUAAACUCGUCAAGAUCCCAACAUUUGCACUGUUCAGGAAGUGGAAAGCGUUUAAUGUAUGGCGUGGAAAUGUGAAGUCGAAGAAGAUUGCACAGUGCAAAAAGGCUCUGAAUAACAAUCUGUUUAUUGUUAACCCGUCCCUGCGGCCAGCGCUGAUGAACGUGAGGGAGAUGUGUCACAGGAUCAGUGAUAUGGGACUCUGCAAGGUGGAGAAAGGUCACACCUACAGUCUACGUGAGUUCAAUGAGGCUCAGUUUACACAGUUGAGCGAAGUUGCGGGUCGAUUGAUGGAGUUCCGAGACCUUGUUAAGGAGGUGGUUAGAUCCGCGUGUAGAACAGCCCUGCUGGAAGCUGGAUUCACACCCGAUGAUUACUUCUAUGAUGGAGGGGAAAGCCCUGGUGAGUUUGGUGGAGCCCCCGGAACAGCCUCCAGUUACCUCAUGCAGAGCAACUACGACAUGGAUAUCUACGGUGAGGCCCCUGACAAGAUGACGUACACCGAACAGGCAAACAAGAGAGAGCACUGUAAAAGGCUUACUUGCUUUAUCCGCCUGGCUGAUUACCUGAUAGUGAAUACAAUGCACGUGCUGGCCGUCAACUCUGUCUCCACACUGCUUAACUACCUGACGGAACAGCUUCAAAACACGCCUACCCUGGCCCAGAUACAGGGGCUGGAGGACGAGAACCAGGAGGAAGGAGGGAAGACGGAGGAAGAAAAGAAAAAAGGCGGUAAACCAUCAGAAAAAGAUAACGACGAAAGUUCCGAUAAAAAUAAAGAAAAAGAGGAAAAGGUUGAAGAGGACGAGGAUGAGAUCCCAGUGUUACCUCCCUUGUACAUCACAGAGUUUGUUCUGGAGCCGAACCAGCUUCUGUUCUCCCCCGAUAUUGAAGAGUUCCAGGAAGGGAUUGCUGAGGUGAUAAAGAGAUUCCAGGAUGCAGUCUUGAGCGUCCAAAACCUUGUCCCAGACACUUAUUUUGAUGCUUUCACAAGACCGAUCAUCAACAAUAAGUUUGAAGAGAAGAUGUGCGGGGAGGGACCAAGUCUUUCCACCAUGUUUGAGGAUGAUAAACACCUGCAGACAAUCAUACACUCCAUCAGGGAGGCGAUUACAGCUGCCUUUAGAGCUGCCAGCCAGUAUGCAGACACGUUUGAGACACACCGAGAAUUCUACAAGGAUAAUGAGAGUACUGAUCUUGAUGUUGUCAGGAAUGAAGACCAUGAGGUUUCCUGGUUCAGUGAGGCUCUGGAGCGUUACUACGGGCAACGCAAGCUUGCUGAGCAAAUUAAGGAGAAGCGACCAAUCGGAAUGCUGCUGGUUGAUGGUACAAACAUGAAGAAACUGAUCAUUCCUUCACCUCUCAGAUGUCUUGAUGUCGUGAAUGACAUGCUACCAAAACUGGCUCGCAAAGAGGUGGACAGACUCAUUGCAGAGUUGCAGGAUGCCCAGUUUAGACUGGAGAGUGUACCCAGUACCACCAUUGAGUUUGUGAAGUCUCUCACCUUCCUGGAUGAAGUACAAGUCAGGAUUGAGCCACUUGAAAAGGAAUCCAUGAUUGUGAAGGACAUGUAUGACCUGAUCGAUGUAUUCCAAGUUCCAACACCACUGGAGGACUUUGCUGUUUACCAGACUUUGGGCCCAAGCAUCACAAAUGUCCGCAAUGCUAUAGACAAAUCCCUGGCAGACCGUGACGCUAACAUCGACCGAUUCUGCACUCAUCUGGACAAGGACAUCGCGGAACUCGCCAAGGAAGUGAAAGAAGUCAAACAGGAGGCACAGAAUCCAAUCAUCCUUGACGCAAACGCAGACAAGGAGAAGGUGAAACAGGUCCUGAAGAAGCUGCUGACUCAGAUGGACGACUUACAAGAAAGGGCGUUCACCUACAAGUCAUACCAGAAGAACUUUAAGGUUGAGGUGACCAAGUUUGAUGCCCUGGAAGAAGCACACGCAGAACUGAAACUGAAGGACCUGCUGUGGAAUGCCAUCGAUGAGUGGGACGGACUCCUGACAGACUGGACACAGCUGAACUUCAACAAUGAAACCACUGUUAUCACAAUACCAGCUGAAUACUUCAACAAUGAAACCACUGUUAUCACAAUACCAGCUGAAUACUUCAACAAUGAAACCACUGUUAUCACAAUACCAGCUGAAUACUUCAACAAUGAAACCACUGUUAUCACAAUACCAGCUGAAUACUUCAACAAUGAAACCACUGUUAUCACAAUACCAGCUGAAUACUUCAACAAUGAAACCACUGUUAUCACAAUACCAGCUGAAUACUUCAACUAUUUCCCCUAA